GACCUCCAGGGAAGCUCUGAUCUGAGGUCACCACAAGCUUCCGUGCUCUUCCGCUACAAGUUGACGGAACGCGGCCGUCGCACACCAAAAAUCUCCCCGCCGACUUUUCUAGACUGGAGACACCCAAAUCAUAUCACUCACUCAAUCAGGUUAGGAGCGUCACUUCGCUGUCAGCCUCCUGAACGGUCGCCAACUACAGCUACAUUGCAGAUUCCUUGCCGAGUUUGUUCCGAAUCUUGGAAACCACGCAUUAAAGCCUGGAGUCGUCACCCGGCUUCAACGCUCUCAAACAGGCAAGAUGUCGAACAACGCGAUGGCCGCGGACUCCAAGGACAGGCAGUUCCUUGCGGUUAUCGGCGACGAGGACUCCGUUACAGGCCUCCUUCUUGCCGGCAUUGGCCAUGUAACGCCAGCACCGGACUCGCAAAAGAAUUUCCUUGUGGUGGAUAACAAGACCGACACCGCGGCGAUCGAGUCUGCGUUUCAGAAAUUUACGACUGAGCGCAAAGAUAUCGGCAUCGUGCUAAUUAACCAGCAUAUCGCGGACAGGAUACGUCACAUAGUCGAUACCUACACCGCCGCCUUUCCUGCAGUUUUGGAGAUCCCGAGCAAAGAUCACCCCUACGACCCUGAGAAGGAUAGUGUGCUUAGGCGAGUUCGCCGCUUGUUUGGAGAAUAGACUUGUACUGCAACUGGUCCAGAUGGAGACUCGGUUUUGUUUCAAUUUGAUAGAAAUGAAUACCGUCAAGCAACGUUACGAAACAACAAAUCUCAGGCAAUUUUGACUAACAAAAGGGCAUCGUCCAGCUUGUGGUGAUUACUUUAGAAAAAACAAAGUACAGAACGCCAUGUUGGUCGUAUCUGGUAUGACAGGACUACUCCCGUAUGCAGUGUCGCGCGUG